AGCGCUGAUCCACUUGCCCAACCUCUUUCGACUAGCGUCUUACCGGCAGCUUGCGCCGAUUUAGAGCUCUCCGUGUUCGCGGGCAAGUCCACAGUCAGAGCUGCGAGGAACGCCAGGGGCACAGAGAUUCAUUGCAGGUGGUCAGGAACGUGUGUGACCGCAUGGUCUGGCGCAAAGCUUGCCUUUCCUUCUCUCCGUCCUCGAACCUUUCGACAGCGAGCGCUGAUAGUAGCAUACUUGCUUCAGUAAAUUUUCGCCCCGAAGCAUCGCACGCUCUUUACUACAUCUCCUCACACCCACCACCACAAGCAUCGCUCACAACGACUUCAACUCGCAAUCAUACAGAAUCUUGGGCGCCAUGUCUGCACAACAGGGCGAAGUCCUCCAUGAUGCCGCCACGUACGAUGAUAAGAAGGCACAGCCUUCGGUCGAGGUCAACGAGGUAGGCUCAGGCAAGAAGAGCACCAUCAAGAUUGGAAAGGAGCUGGGUCCUGUCGCUCUGAUCUUCGCGUGUGGCACUGCGCUCUUCUCCGAUGGCUACAUCAACGCCGCUAGUGGUCCAGUGAAGACCAUACUUGGUGUGCUCUACGAGGACCGUAAUCCCAAUCUAUCGCACGACCUUUCCUUGUUCAGCAGUCUGGCCUUCGCAGGAACAGUCGCAGGCAUGCUGAUCUUUGGUGUGCUUACGGAUCGGAUUGGACGCAAGCCUGGAAUGCUAUUCUGCUGCAUCUGGCUCACGCUUUGGUCCAUCAUCAUCGCCGGGGCUUGGGGAGCUGGUGGAAGCAUCCCUGGUCUUUUUGCAGCUCUGCAAGCUUACCGAUUCCUUCAAGGUAUCGCAUUGGGUGCAGAGUACCCUUGCGGCUCCGUGGCUGCUAGCGAGAAUACCGAGGCACCCGGAGUCAACCCAAAGCACACCCAGUCUCUCUUCAUCCUUGCCACCAACACUGCCAUCGACUUUGGCUUCGUGGCAGCCAGCUUGGUAGCUGCUAUCCUACUCGAAAUCUUCAGCGAAAGGCAUUUGGAGUGGGUCUGGCGACUCACGCUCGGUCUUGGCGCUUUGCCACCCAUGAUCAUCUUCUUCUUCCGCACCAGAAUGCACGAGCCCGAGCAAUUCAAAAAGGGCGCCAUCAAGAAGCCGACCGCAAAGCUCUGGUGGCUCAUCAUCAAGAAGUACUGGGUCAGAUUAUCGGCUGUCUCGCUUUCUUGGUUCAUCUACGACUGGGUGUCCUAUCCCGCUGGUCUGUACUCGAGCUUCUUCGUCUCGCAGCUCGUACCUGACAACGACUUGCAGAUCAGUCUUUGGUACGGUGUGCUCAUCAACGCAUUCUACAUCCCCGGCACCAUCAUCGGCGCGCUCCUCUCUGACAGACUUGGACCCAAGAAUACCAUGAUCCUGGGACUCUUCAUCCAGGCCGCCUUUGGUUUUGGGCUCGCUGGAGGUUUCGGCGCUCUUCGAAACGAGAGCAUCGCUGGCAUCAUCGUGCUGUAUGGUUUCUUCGUCGCAGCUGGAGAGAUGGGCCCCGGAAACAACCUGGGUCUCUUGGCGUCCAAGGCCGUAGCGCCGACUGCUGUUCGAGGAACAUUCUACGGUAUUGCAGCAGCCAUUGGAAAGGUGGGCGCCUUCGUGGCCACGUACGUCUACGACCAGAUUCAAGCCGACUUGUCACCCGACGAGAUGGCCACCAUUCGCUUCUCUGGCCCAUUCUACAUUGGUGCAGGCUUGGCGUUGGUCAGCGCUGCCAUCGUCUUUGUGUUUAUUCCUCAGGUCACCCACGAUGGCAUGAAGAAGCUCGACAGGGACUUUGAAGCCUACCUCGUUGCUAAUGGGUACGAUCUCAGCUUCAUGGGCAUGGAGUCUACCUCGGCACCCGAAAAGAUUGAGGAUGUCAAAGACACCGAGUCCCCUCAGGAGGAGAAGGAGGGUAUCGGCGCCGAUGCGGAGAGAGAGCAGGCUCGUCGACAGACCGAGGCUUGAGCUCGAGGAGGCCUGACCUGCACUGUUACAUGCCCUUCUCCUCGUUAUGACGACCACUUGACGGCUGUAACGCACUUUGCGCUUUGUACAUUUUCCCAUAUGGAUAUCGUCACC